UCCAUGUUCAUGCUACGAUAGAACAACAACAAAAAGGUCUUUGUUGGUACCAUCGUCGGCAGACAUAGCUGUUUCGGAAAGGGAGAUGAAGAUUUCUGUGAUUUCAGGCAUUUAAUGUUUGCUUCAUCUCCCUGAAUUGGGAGGGUUUUCCGAAUGUCUCGCUCGAAGCCCUUUCGACCGUAUCGGUAUCGGUACAUGUACCGGCACCGGUACUAGCAAGCUACAUGUAGUACUAGCUAGUAGUGGAGGUUGCGGGCAGCGCAAUGCAAAGUGGGUUGCGUGUGUGAAGGAAGCGAACACGAUGACCCGGUGACCCUGGAGAGUGGAAACGGGGAAACGCUUCCACCAGCCAGCACAAGAAAUCCCCAAACACCGGACGGGAGCUUUCAGGUGAUCGCAGAGAGCACCGAAAGUGGUCAUGAUGGUUGCGUGAAAGCCGGUCAGCUGGAUGGGAAUUGGUAGAACAUGCUCAGUUUCAGACAGGAAGGAGGGCCUACUAGCCGCGGGGGGCAAAAUUCUUGAAGUCCUUGGCCGUUGCACUACCAGGUAGCCAGCUAGCUAGCUAGCUAGCUAGCUAGGUGAGGCUCCUCUGGAAAGCUGGAGUUUGAAGUGGCUUGGAUCUGCCACAAAACUUUGUGGCCCUGACCUCUACUAGCAAGCAAAGGAAAACGUAUCUAGCCUUUCGAAAUCCAGAACCAUGUUGCUUGGCACUUCCGAGAUCAAGAUUGCAUUGCUGGGCAACGUUUCAGCGGGCAAGACCACAGUAUUGAAUGCCCUUUUCAAGCAAAAGUAUGGCGAAGUUAGCAUGAAACGGACAACUGCAGGUGUGAACUACUUCAGGAUCUGCGCUCCUGGUACCGGGGCACCUGCUGAUGGCAAGAAAGAAGAAAUGACCAAAGCGGAUGAUGAUGGUAGCAAGGAACCUGUCAACGAAAAGAAGGAAGAACCCGCGGGCUGCAAGAAAGAAGACAGCCAGGAACCCAAUGUUGGCAACGGCGCCAACGCUGUGUCACCCCAAACCGAAGGAUAUGGUGCGCAGGCACCUGAUUGCCAAAAAGAAGAAGAAAUGAUCGGAGACGAAAAACCCAAGAGCUGCACGAAAGACGACAGCAAGGAACCCAUUGACGGCAGGAAGGACGACAACGUUGGCAGCGGCGCCAACGCUGGUGGGGCAGAAGACGGUGGCACCCCUUGGUUCCCGCACACCGAUGAACCCCGCUCUGCCAAGUCGACUUUGGAAGAGAUCACAACAGACAAUAGGGAACUUCGAGAGAGUGUCGACGUGCAGGAGAAGUGGUUUGACAUUGCACUCACCGAGAACUUGGUGGAGAUGCGAAAGGGCACUCAACUGGUUGUAGUUGACAUUCCUGGUAUCAACGAAGCCGGAGCGUGCAGCAAGUACAAGGACUAUGUCAUUGAGAAAUGGGAUACGUUUGAUUGCCUGGUGCUGGUCAUGGAUGGCAGGCAGGGAGUCAAUACAGAAGACCAGGUUUUUCUGUUGAACCUCGUUGAAAACAACAGCAAGAGACGCGAGGAAGUUCCGAUUAUUGUCUUGUUCAACAAAGUGGACGAUCCAAGUGACAAAGAACAGGCAGAACUUGUUCUCGAAGCCAGGGAAGAACUUGCAAGGACCUUCGGAUCGGUGAACUUUGUUGUUGAUCCAGAGGAGGAAUCCAACCCAUUCAUGUCUCCACCUAAAGCUGGUACCCCAAGUCAGAAGUCAGACGGUGACAAGACUGAAUCGUCUUCUUUCGCAGCUCCUCAGUCUUCGUUCCCAGCCUCAACUUUUGGGACGUCUGGUGCGAUGGCAACUGCGACUACAAGUGAUGCCCCUGCACAGACACCAUUUGGCUCUGGAUCGUCAGGUCCUUUUUCUUUUGGGAGAUCUGGAGCAACUGGGACUUCAAGUAAUGCCCCUGUACCCACCCCAUUUGGCUCUGGAUCAUCAGGUCCAUUUUCUUUUGGGGCCUCGGCAACUGGGACUACAAGUAAUGCCUCUGCGCCCGCACCAUUUGGCUCUAGCUCAUCAGGUCCUUUUUCUUUUGGGACGUCAACUACGACUGCAAGAAAUGCCGCUGUACCCACCCCAUUUGGCUCUGGAUCAUCAGGUCCAUUUUCUUUUGGGGCCUCGGCAACUGGGACUACAAGUAAUGCCUCUGUGCCCGCACCCUUUGGCUCUGGCUCGUCAGGUCCUUUUUCUUUUGGGACGUCAACUACCACUACAAGUAAUGCCCCUGCACCUACACCUUCGUUUGGUUUUGGAUCGACUGCAGGCAAAGCGCCUGGGCUCAUGCUUCCAACCCCUGCUCCAUCCGUGUCAAAUACGUCCGCUGCCCUUUCCUUUGGAUCUCCAGGAGGUUUCCGGUCCACCAACGCUGCUGAUGGGCACUUCGGAAGCAAAGACUGGCGUUGGAGUGCUUCUGUUGCAACCACGGGUGGGACGAAAAGCACUCCAUACCAACCUACACCUCGUCAGGUUGAAACCUCUACCGGUACCAUCCUUUUUCAAACGAUAUCUGCCAUGCCUGUGUACGAGCACAAGUCUAUCGAAGAACUAAGGUAUGAAGAUUAUCUUCAAGCAAACAAUGGUACAGGAAACGGCACUGCCACACGAGGAUCAUCUUCGGAGGUCUAUGGGACAGGCAAAAGAACGACACGACAAGGCACAGUUGUUGAAAGUCUUGCGUCCCUGUCACUAUCUCCAGUUCCUGCCUCGUGUCUGUCAACAAAGCGCAUGCGAGCAAAAAGCAGAAAAGUGAAGCCCUCAUUCGUUCCAGUUUCCGCGAUGUAUGCGUUCAUCCAUCAAAGCGCUUCGUCCAUGUCAUUGGAUCAAUUCAAAUCCUUUUUUGACAAGGAUCUCAUCGAAAAGGUUGGUCGCUUCCAGCUUGGACAACGCAGAUGGAAUAAGCUGACCGAGGACGAGAGGAUACUGGAGACGUACGAUAUCCUCAGCGACUCUUUGAUCCACACCGAAUCAUUGAAAAACAGCAAUUUUGACGAGUUCCUCACGUUGCUGAACCAAACUAUCGGCGGAGAGACUGCGCAGCGCAAACUAAUUGAAGGCCAGAUUCGUAGGUCUCUUCAAAGUCUGAAGGAUGGAAAGUACAACGCGCAAACUAUGAUUCGUUGUAUGGGGGGCAGUGAAGUCAUGCUCUCUGAUUGCAUUGAAUCCGCUGCUGCCAAAACCCACGCACUCCUUGGAGGGGAUGCCGUGAAGAGGAUUGUGCCCGACUUGAUCGAUUCAUUCUGUGAGAGUUAUCAGAGUUUAGAAGAUGCUGCGUUUGCCAACUUGGAACAGGAUGGCCCAGGCAGUAUCAAUGUUCUUGCACUUCCCAUGGUUGAACUGAUCUCGUGUCACAAAAUUGGUUCCAAGCUAGAUUUGGGUGAUCUUGGACAAUGCGCUGAAGCAAGAAUGAAAGUCUUGUUUAGGAGGCAACUCGACGUUCUCCUUUGUCAGUCCAGCCAAAAAAUCCCAACUUUCGGGGCUGCGCUCAACCGCAACCAGCGCUGGGAUUUGUCGGUCG